GCUCAUGUGAUGAACCCUUAGGAAUAAAAGAGAUCGUAGACGACUCCCAGAUCAAGCGUGCUCGCAACCGUACGGGGCGAUUGUCUGCUCUCUGCGCAAGGUUGCGCUGUUGGGAAUUUGAAGUCGCACACCACAGCGUUUGAAGCGAACGCAGUGCCAGUCGCAAAGAUGGGUCGUUUUUCUGCGGCCUUGGCCGUUGCCAGCUUGGUUUUUCUGGCUUGCGCCCUCCAUGUCGCAGAUGCCAAGAAGCCAUGUGCCUGCGCCCCUGGGACGAAGCGCUGCUGUAAGGACGGUCCCUGCCUCAAGUGCUGCAAGGAUUGUGAUUGCGGCCCCGGGAAGAAGUGCGUCAAGGGAGACUGCAAGCCGUCGUGCGGCUGCCCGGCUGGACUGAAGCGAUGCUGUAAGGACGGCCCCUGCGUGAAGUGCUGCAAGGACUGCGAUUGCCCCAAGGGGCACAAGUGCGUCAAGGGACAGUGCAAGUCCCCUUGCGGCUGCCCGACUGGGCUGAAGCGCUGCUGCAAGGACGGUCCCUGCGUGAAGUGCUGCAAGGAUUGCGAUUGUCCCAAGGGGCACAAGUGCGUCCACGGAAAGUGCAAGCCCUCGUCCUGCCCCAAGGGACUGAAGCGCUGCUGCAAGGACGGUCCCUGCGUGAAGUGCUGCAAGAACUGCGAUUGUCCCCGUGGGCAUAAGUGCGUCAAGGGACAGUGCAAACCCUCGUGCGGCUGCCCGCUUGGACUGAAGCGCUGCUGUAAGGGCGGUCCCUGCGUGAGGUGCUGCAAGAAUUGCGAUUGUCCCAGCGGUCAGACCUGCGUCAAGGGACAGUGCAAGCUUCCAUGCUGCCCCAAGGGACAGAAACGUUGUGUGCCCUGCGGUCCGUGCAAGAAGUGCUGCAAGGAUUGUGACUGUGCCCAGGGAGAGAAGUGUGUCCUGGGAGAGUGCAAGCCUUGUGAAAGUGCAACGGUCACAAGUGCAACGGUCUCGCUCUCACCGAUUGAGCCAACUCCAUGAGGGAAGUGCUGCAAUGGUCAUCAUGGUGGGCGCUGGAAGAAGUGCGGUCAGUGACAGGGCAAGCCUGUGUGAGGGCAAUGAGCGGCGCCCCUUGUCCGUUCAGUAGAAGGGUAAAUGCAGCGUAAUUGCUUUCCGUUGAGCAGCAUUAGUACAAACGGACGUUACGGUAGUGCCGAUGCUGAGUCUGCAGUACGCUUUGUUGCAAACGAGCUUGCUUACCUUACUGUGGUUCUGAACUACCCGCGGGCUCUACAGCUUGGGUUGAACGAUGUGACAGAUUUAGCGGCCGAGCCGCUGAAGUUCGGCUCGGGCUUCCAACAGCGGGAGUUGUGGAAAAGGCGUAGUGCACAGAGCGACGGCAGUGUGCUCUUGGCUUCCCUCGCAGUCAUGGGUGACCCUCUAUGAGGCCUUGACACGGCUGUCCGGAAUUGAUUGGUGAAGAGAGGAGACCGAACCUGUUCCUAUUUUCAGAUCAUUGUCCUUCGCCCCAGCAGACCCGGCCGGAUCUGCUUUAUUGUUUUGCUAUCGUAAUAAUAACAAUGAAAGCAUUUUCUCAUU